UCCUCGCGGCAGAGAGUAGAGCCGCCAUGGGCCGAUUGUAUCGCGGAUUCGCUCACGAUAAGCACGGUGGGCUGAUUGUAUGCAGGUCCGGAAUAGCCUGCUCAUUCUCAAAACUACGGCCCACGACCCGGCCAGACUCACUCAACCGACGCACGCUCUCGUCGUGCACGAACACAGAGCCCUCAGCUCCUCGGCGGCCCUCCCCUCUUCUCCCUCCCUGUCGCCAGUCCCCGCCCUCGGAGCUCCCGGGCCGCGGCGGCGGCAGCCAUGUACCGGAUCGCCGGCAGCCACCUCCGCGCUCUCAAGGAUUCUUACGACGAGUAAGUGAUACGUUAGGGUUACGAUUUCUACACUCAACUUUGCCGUUGGUGUUGAUGGGAAUCCACAACCUUGUUACUUCCGCUAUUUGGAUUGAGAGUCCAGCAGCAACAGUGGGAUUGUAUAUUGAUUGUGGUUCUAUGUAUGAAACACCUGGUUCAUCUGGAGCAUCGCAUCUACUGGAGAGAAUGUCAUUCAAGAGCACCACAAACAGGAGUCAUUUGCGGCUAGUACGCGAGGUAGAGUCCAUUGGAGGGAAUGUCUCUGCGAUAGCUACUCGUGAACAAAUGUGCUAUACCUAUGAUGCAUUCAGGGCCUAUGUACCUGAUAUGGUUGAAGUGCUUAUUGAUAGUGUGAGAAACCCAGCAUUUCUUGAUUGGGAGGUUAAAGAGCAGCUGGAGGAGAUCAAAGCUGAAAUAGCUGAAUUUUCUGCUAAUCCUCAAGGUUUACUUUUAGAGGCUCUCCAUUCUGCUGGCUAUACUGGGGCACUGGCAAAUCCCUUGAUAGCACCAGAGCCUGCCAUACAUAAAUUGGACAGUAGCAUUCUUAAGGAAUUCAUUGCUGAAAACUACACAGCACCCAGGAUGGUCCUGGCGGCAUCAGGCGUUGAGCAUGAUGUGCUAGUUUCAAUUGCUGAGCCACUUCUCUCUGAUCUUCCUGCUGUGAAGCGUCCAGAAGAGCCAAAGUCAGUUUAUGUGGGAGGAGACUAUCGUUGUCAAGCAGACUGUCAAAACACACAUGUUGCUCUUGCUUUUGAAGUGCCAGGUGGAUGGUAUGAAGAGAAAACAGCUAUUACUGUAACUGUCCUUCAGAAGCUCAUGGGGGGAGGUGAUUGGUUCUGUACUGGCGGUGUUGGCAAGGGCUUGUAUUCUCGAUUAUCUCUCCGGAUAUUAAGCCACUACCAUCAGAUCGAAUCAUUCUCCGCUUUCAAUCAUAUCUACAACUAUUCUGGUCUUUUUGGAAUUCUUGCAACAACCAGCCCAGAUUUUGCCUCGAAGGCUGUGGAUUUGGCAGCUGGGGAACUUCUUGAAGUUGCCACUCCUGGAAAUGUUACACAAGGACAGCUUGAUCAAGCUAAACAGGCAGCAAAGUGUAAAGUUUUGAUGGACUUGGAAUCAAGAGCUGUUGCAUGUGAAGACAUUGGGAGGCAGGUUAUGACUUAUGGUGAAAGGAAACCCAUCGAGAAAUUCUUGAACGAUGUCGAAGCAAUUACUCUGAAUGACAUUUCUUCAACUGCCAAGAACAUUAUUUCUACACCCCUUACGAUGGCAUCAUGGGGUGAUGUUACUAAUGUCCCAACCUACGAGUCUGUUAGCAGGAAGUUUCAUUCAAAGUGAGCGAAAGCCCAUUGCAGGACAUGUUCCGGCUGCACAAGAUAUGCAGAGAUGUGUAACUCUUGUGGCAAUGGCCCUAACCACUGGACCCCGCUGAACACAUUUUUUUAUGCACUGUGAAAACAUGUUGGUGGUGCUGACUGUCUUACUACUCCAUCCGCCUUGAAUUACUUGUAUCAGAAAUGGAUGUAUCUAGAACCAAAAACAAAAUUGGCAAAAACAAAAUGUUCCCAACUAGAAAUACGUCUAGAUACAUUCAUUUCUGCGACAAGAAUUGUGGGACGGGGGGGGGGGGGAGUAUUAGUUAGUACUGUAAUUAUUUUCCUCAAUUAUGUAUAUAUUUUGAAAGAUCGGCAGCAGGCUUGAACUCCUUUUUUCGUCUUUUUUUCUAGUCAUUUUGUUUGUUUGUAUUGUGCCUUAGCUCAGUUCUUACGGCUAGAUUUUUAAAGCAUAAGAAUUAAGAAA